GAGCCAGCUGGUUCAUUUCUCUUUUCUUUUUCUCAUUUCUUUGCAGAAGCUGCUCUGUCUGAGUCACAUUCUCUCUUCUAGCCUGUCCAUCCCUCCCCCGCCUCUUUGAGGGCUGGACUUUCUUUUCAGUCCCUGCGUGAGAUAAAGCCUCACUUCUCUACUUUAACCACUCAGCUGUUAAGCUGCAAGUUCCCCUUCAAAGCUACCCCUUUGCCUGCUGGUCUCCUGGCCUCUCAGCUCUCUUCUCCACUGGAUUAUCUCAUCCCAGUCUGAGCUUUCCCAGGCAUGGAUCUUCUUCCACUGCUUUUUUACCUGGGCACAGUGAUGGUAUCGUGGUGCAGUGGAUUCAGCGUGGAUGUGGAUACACCAACCAUCUUCAGGAAGCAAACUCAGAGCUUUGGGAGCAGUGUGGCACAGACAAGGAAUGAGGUGCUUGUCGGGGCUCCCCUUCAGAUGGGACAAGGGAAUGAAAUGGGUAAACUCUACCGGUGCACUUACCGUGCACAUGUUUGUGAAGAGAUUAGCAUCCAAUUACCAGCAGAUGCUGUCAACAUGUCCCUUGGUUUGUCCUUAGUUGCCAGGGACUCUCGAGUCUUGGUGUGCGGUCCCACAGUACACCGGGCCUGUGGAACAAACAUGUAUGUGAAUGGCUACUGCUUCCUUCUGGAUCAAAAGCUCCAAAAGCUCCAGCAGUUUCCAGAGAUUUUACCAGAAUGCACUGCCCACCCAACAGAUAUUGUGUUCUUGAUCGAUGGCUCAGGCAGCAUCAAUGCACGGGACUUCAAAAUGAUGAAGGCAUUUGUCUCUGCGGUCAUCAAGAGACUCUCCGGCAGAAACACACGGUUUGCCCUUGCACAGUUUUCCAGCACCUUUGCAGAACACUUUGAUUUCAGUACGCCAGAUCCGGCUGAGCACGUCUUGGAUGUCAUUCAAAAAGGGGGCAUGACCCACACAGCCACCGCCAUCAGAAAUGUCGUGUAUGUCUCAGGACCUCAUGGCUUUGCACUGCAGAAACAGCUUGCUUCUGUUGUACCUAUCUCUUUGGGCCCUCCUUUGAAAUCCAAUCUGUGUAUUAAGAAUAUUUAAAUUCUGUGAUCAGAAUAAAUAACUUGAAGUAAA